AUGACAACUCUUUUUCGUUUACUUAACGUUAGAAAUAAAAUUUUAUACGUACAAUUCGUACAAAAGCACUCUAAAAAAUUGCCCCAAUUGAAAGAUAUUAAAUCGCAAACUCCUACAAAAGCUGGAAUAAAACCCGUUCGAAAAUCAACUGCAAACGAAACCGCAGGAAUUACUGAAAAAACAUCACCAUGCAGCAAUAAAUCAAAAACCCCCAUUAAAAUCGCAACUCCCGAAACAUCACCGGAAAUAACACGAAAGAACAAGAGGUCUCGAAUACUGAGCAGCGAUGAAUCCGAUCAAGAUGAAAACAAAGAAACUUCACAGGAAGCUGCCAAAAAACCGAAAAUAUCCCCCAUAAAAACUGAAAAAACUCCUCCCAAAGAUGUACCAUCAAUAAAAAAAAGUUCACCUACAAUUAAAAACGAAAACAAGCAGGAUAUAAAGAAAAACAUUAUGGGCACACAUGGGUCUGAUGCAGCAAAUGAUGAUAAAAAAAUAUAUAAACCUGCAGUGAGUAAUUAUCAUCCCAUAAAAGAUGCUACAUGGAACUAUAACGAGAAGGUUCCCUAUAGUGCCCUAUCUAGGACAUUCGAGGAAAUCGAAGAGAUAUCAGCUCGCUUGAAAAUCAUCGAAGUCCUCUCUAACUACUUCAGAUCCGUUAUAGUCUUAUCCAAAGAAGAUCUACUUCCCAGCGUGUAUUUGUGUUUGAAUAAAUUAGCGCCAGCGUACGAAGGUUUGGAGCUCGGUAUAGCAGAGACGAAUCUAAUGAAAGCCAUUGCGCAGUCAACGGGCAGGACUUUGGCCCAGGUGAAAAAUCAUGCGAAAGAAACCGGAGACUUGGGUUUGGUAGCGGAAAAAUCCAAAUCCAAUCAAAAAAUGCUGUUCAAACCCACCAGGCUUACCGUCAGGGGCGUGUUCGAAAAGCUCAAAGACAUAGCCAAGAUGACGGGAAACGCAUCGCAAAGUAAGAAAGUUGAAAAAAUACAAUCGAUGUUCGUGGCAUGCCAAGAUGCCGAAGCUCGCUUUCUAAUAAGAUCCUUGGCCGGGAAACUUCGAAUAGGCCUCGCCGAGCAAUCUGUAUUGCAAGCAGUAGCGCUAGCCUGCACCAUGACGCCCCCGGAACAGGAAUACCCGCCCAAACAGCUCGAUGUUUCUAAAGAAAUCAGCGCGGAUUCUUUCAAAACCAAGUACCAGCACAACAGUCUUAUCCUAAAAACGGCUUAUUGCGAAUGUCCUUGUUAUGAUAAAAUCAUUCCGAUUAUAUUAGAAAGCGGGCUGGAAAGUUUACCCGAGCAUUGCAAACUUACACCGGGUAUACCAUUGAAACCAAUGCUGGCACAUCCGACGAAAGGUAUACAAGAAGUUUUACGAAGAUUCGACGGUUUGAAAUUCACCUGCGAAUGGAAGUACGAUGGGGAAAGAGCACAGAUACACAUCGAUGGUAAGAAGGUGAGCAUAUUCAGCAGGAACCAGGAGAACAACACUUCGAAAUAUCCCGAUCUAAUAAAUCGAAUAGAUAAUUGCCAAACUGACGAAGUGGAAUCGUGCGUACUGGAUACCGAGGUGGUCGCCUGGGACAGGGAAAAGAAGCAAAUACUACCGUUUCAAAUACUCAGCACGAGAAAACGCAAAGACGCCAACGAAAAGGACAUCAAAGUACAAGUGUGCGUGUUCAUGUUCGAUUUGCUGUAUUUAAACGGCGAGGCCUUGGUGAGACAGCCUUUCGUUAAACGCAGAGAACUGCUGCAGAAGUACUUCAAAGAAAUCGAAGGCGAGUGGAUAUUUGCCAAGCGUUUGGACACCAGUACAAUGGAGGAAGUUCAAGAAUUCCUCGACGAAAGCGUGAAAGGUAAUUGCGAGGGUUUGAUGGUGAAAACGUUGGAGAAAGAUGCCACUUACGAAAUCGCCAAGAGAUCUCACAACUGGCUCAAGUUGAAGAAGGACUAUUUGGACGGCGUGGGCGAUACUAUCGAUGUAGUGGUGAUUGGUGGUUACAUAGGAAAAGGCAAGCGUACCGGACAUUACGGGGGAUUCCUGCUGGCUUGUUACGAUAACGAAAGCGAAGAAUUUCAAAGUAUAUGCAAGAUUGGUACCGGGUUCAGUGAUGAAUACCUAGCAAUACAUUCCGAAUUCUUCAAGAGUCAUGUAAUUCCCCAGCCGAAAGCGUACUAUCGAUUCGACAGCUCGCUGGAGCCCGAUCAUUGGUUUGAGGCGGUGCAAGUGUGGGAAAUCAAAUGCGCGGAUUUAUCUUUAUCGCCUGUACAUAAAGCGGCGAUAGGAAUGGUGGAUCCGGAAAAGGGCAUCUCCUUGCGUUUCCCCAGAUUCCUGAGGAUAAGAGAAGACAAGACUGUGGAAGAUGCUACUAGUUCAAGGCAAAUAGUUAAAAUGUAUAACAGUCAAGAGCAGGUGAAGAACCAACAGCAGCCUGGAAAUUUCGAAGAUGACGAUUUUUAUUAG